GGGUAAAAGGGCUGCAUGUAUUAACAUUUUAAAACCCCAUGGAGAGCAGGGUUGAGCGACUGUAUUUCCCUAAGCUUGAGACAAUAGGCCCCAUACUGGUCUCCUGACUCGGGCACGGCUUCGGCUGAACUCAGCGAGCCGAAGUAAGGAGCGCAGGAUUUGGGCCAGUGUUGGCUGAAGAUUUACCUUGCACCCCCUCCCACGACGCGCCCCUCCCGUCCCCCAAGCUCUGUGGCCGGCCUCUUCUGCCAUGUGCUCUGCAGGAGCGGCGGCAGCCGGGCGGGGCCCCGCGUGCAGGCUGCAUUCUCAUUGUCAACGUUCCACCCCGGGCCGCGCAGCGCCCAGCCCUCCCUAUCUCUGUGGCACACACGCGCAGAGCGGAGCGAGGCGGCGGCUGCAGUAGCAGCCUGCAGCCCACACUGCCGGAGCCGCGCGCAGUAGCAGAGCACCAGCAUGGCGGGGCUGCGCUACCCGCAGCAAGGCAGCUACUGCCGCGCAGCCACGGCCAUGAACCUCUUGCUAGGCGUCUUCCAGGUCCUCUUACCCUGCUUUCGCCCGGGAGAAGCGCAGGGCCAAGCUAUUGACCCAAUCCCCAGCGUGGUGGAGCUGUGGCAAGCUGAAGAAGGGGAACUGCUGAUGCCCACUCAGGCUGAUUCUGAGGAGGAUGUGGAAGAGCAUCCACAAGAGCAAAGCUUCUCAGCAAAGAUACCUAAUGGGAAGGCUUUACAUUUUCAUCCUUCGGUUCUGCAUUUUGGAAUGCAGUUACUGGGACUGCCCAGAUCUAAAAUGCUGUAUGCUUACAACCCUAGUAGGGAUAGAGAAGUUGUAGUGAAUUCAGUGUUUACAGCUACUAGACAUUUUCAUGUAUCUCCUGUUCAUAGCAGGGUGAUUCCAGCAAUGGGAAAAAUUUCUUUCAGAGUCCUCUUUCUGCCAACAGAGGAAGGCAAUAUUGAAAGUUCAUUAUUUAUAAAUACCUCAUCUCAUGGAGUACUUUCAUAUCAGGUAUUUGGAAUGGGAUCUAUGGGAACCUCUCCAGAAGAUUCUAACAAGCAGCUAGUGAAUACCUGUUUACUGCUUCCAAGUAUCCAAAACAUCUGGAUUUCACCAACACUGGCAGAAACUACGAAUGCCAGUCUCUUACGAGUUCAUCUUGAAUGCAGUUUACAUAACAGUGUGUGCCAACAACUCAAGAGUUGCUGUUUUAUGUCUGACGAUCCAGUGCUGCUAAAAAUGAGCUUAGUACUAAGAAUGGAAAACUCCCAGCAAGAAUUUGUGGAUCACAGACAGUACUUACUGGAGAAUCUUUUUGUAGUUUAUGUAGCAAUGGACAAAACUGAGACCUCAGAUGAUUCCACAGUAAACAUGUAUGUAUUGCAUUCAGGGAACAGCGUUUUACAGAUACAGGACAUACAGCGUUUCUCACAAAAGGAUACAUCAUCUGUGCAGUUUGAGCCAAUACAACUUCCUUCUUCAACCACAAAUUUUACAAAAGUUGCUUCCAUUGUUUGCAAAGCUGCAUCAUGUGACAAUGAAAGCCAUUAUACUAGUGAUGUGAAGAUGAAUCCAUUAGAAGGCACAACAACACUAAAAGCAUGUCUUUCCCAUCCUGUGAUGGAAGGGUAUUUUGGAGUUGACCCUGCUGCAGCAUUAUUUCACAUAGAGCCACAUCAUAAUACUUCAGGAUUUUGGUCUAUAUGGUUUACAAACAAUUUUGAUUUUAGCAUUGAACUAAAUGAUGUCUUUGUAGCCAGAGAGACUAAGAACAUUUUAAAGAUUCUGAACUUCGCUGAACCCUUGACUCUACCUCCAGGCUGUUGGAAUGUAUUUUCUUUGAAGCUCAGUGUCAAAGACACUGUAAUAAAUGUAUUUUCCAACGUAUUUUUGGCUACAAAUGUAGGAGUGAUGUUUGCAAUACCUCUACGGAUUUAUUCAACUCUGUCCAAGGGGGAUCUUCAUUUUGAAGCCGUAGCACAUUGUGAUAUACACUGUUACUUGGGAAAGUCUGAUACAGCAAAUCUGUUUUGGAAAGGGAGUUUGUCUCUGGACCAUUCUACGUGGAAUGUGGAUUCCGAACUUGCAAGUGAGCUUUAUGAAAGAUGGCAGAAAAUAAAACAUGGGGAAGCCUGCAGGAGGAAUUUUUUGGGAAUGUCUCGCAUUGCUCACCAAAAGAAGCCCGAAGAGGAGUCAUUUGCUUUCUUUUUGCCACGUUUGAUUACAGAGCCUGGCCUGACGUUAAACUUCAGUGCAACUGCACUUAAGAAUAGUAUGGUAAAAUAUUUUGUGCUAAGAAACCCCUCAUCCUUCCCAGUUACGCUACAACUUCUGCCUCUGUCUUACUAUCCUGAUCCCCAAGCAUCACUGAGUCUGCUCAGCAAAUGGUUUGGCACAAAUGUGCAAGCUAUUAAUUUCACAACCACUGAAUUUAGGCUCAUGAAGGAGUGUGCACACAGGGAUGCACAUCAGGAGGACCUUACUAACACGAAAUCCAGUUCUGAGGUGCUUCAGUUACAUUUACAACCAUUGGAAACCCAAAGGGUUGGUGUAGUUUUUACACCAGUUGACUACAAAAGAGUAGCCUCCCUUAUAUUAAUCAGAAAUAACUUGACUGUUCUGGAUGUGGUCAAUGUAGAAGGCUUUGGAGCCAGAGAAUUAUUAAAAGUAGGUGGAAGACUGCCAGGUGCAGGAGGGUCACUUAGAUUUAAGGUACCAGAAGCUACACUCAUGGACUGCAGACGACAAUUGAAAGACAGCAAGCAAAUUUUAUCUAUCACAAAGAAUUUCAAAGUGGAGAAUAUUGGGCCUCUUCCUAUAACUGUAUCAUCUAUGAAGAUUAAUGGGUACAGUUGCCAAGGAUAUGGGUUUGAAGUGUUAGACUGUCAGGAAUUUUUCCUGGCUCAGAACUCUUCGCGGGAGAUCAGCAUUGUGUUUACGCCUGAUUUUACUUCUUCGUGGGUAAUCCGUGAGCUUACUUUGGUGACUGCUGCUGAUGUAGAGUUCCACUUCACACUCAACGUGACCCUUCCUCACCAUUUGUUACCCUUGUGUGCAGAUGUGGUGCCAGGACCUAGCUGGGAAGAGUCUUUCUGGAGGCUCACAGUUCUCUUUGUUAGUUUGUCCCUAUUGGGUGUGAUUCUAAUAGCCUUCCAACAAGCACAGUACAUUUUAGCAGAAUUCAUUAAAUCAAGACAGAGACCAAAUCCCAGUUCUUCAUCACAGCAAAACAGCAAUCCUGUGGAUAUAAUCAGCUCUGAUUCCUACAAGGGCAGCUGCAAGACCUUUAUGGAUUCCUGUAGCACCUCUGAUAAAGGCAAAGGAAAAGGCUUCCUUUCUGUAGGCACUCCAUCCAGCCGAAGCCAGAAUGCUGCAAAGAGAAGUCCAGCAACCUAUAGCCACUCUCAGAAGAAACACAAAUGUUCAGUUUACUACAGUAAACAAAAAGCAAACACAAUACCUGGCAGUGCCAUUACAACUACUGAUGAAAAGCAGAAUCAGACUGUAGAGAACCAAAUCUCAGCACCAAAAGAGGACAUUUGCACUGAUAUUGUUAGUGAGAACUGGCUACACCUAAAAUAUGCAAAUAGCAUAAAUGUAAACCUGCAGAAGAAUUUAACUCUUCCAGGAAAUUUUCUGGAUAAAGAAGAAAGUGCACUGAAAAACACAGUUCUCAUGAAAAGUACUUCUUCAGAGUGUGAUUUGAAGGAGGAUCUUCAAGCAUGUAUGUUUCCUAAGGAAACUAACCUUAAAACUUCAGAAGAUAUAACUGAGCUCAAAGAACAGGAGUUCUGUCCUCUGAAGACAUCUAAGAAGCUACCCGAAAGUCACUUGUCAAAUUCACCUCAGCAACAGCCAGAAUUGCAAGACGUUUCCAGGAAACAUAAUGGGAAUAACCAGCAAGUGCCUCUCAGGAAUGAAAUAGAAAACUGUGAGACUUUGAAAAAGCAGAUUAACACAAAGCCUUCCACUGAGAAAAAGAUUAGUAAAGGACAUAAGGAGGAUACACCAUGCUGUGGAAAACAGGAACUUGCUUCAGUUGAGCAAGAAGAUGCUUUCAGGAAGAAGAGAUCUCAGGAGAAAAGAGAAGGCAAUUUAUCAAAUAUAAAUUGGAAUAGAAAUAGAACAUCUAGAAAAAACAAGAAAAAGAAUGUCAAUAUAUCUCCAAGGGUUCCUGAACAGAAUGAGUUGAAGCGUAUGUGCAAUGAAUUUGAAAGGCCUGAACUAAGAACUAACAUUGGCAUAAGGGAAACUUGUAAAACAGACCAAAAAGUUGGGCACUUGUCUACACAGGGAGAAACAGAAAUCUUUUAUCAACGAUCUAAGAAGAAUUGUUUGGAAAAGUUUUGCUCUGAUUCAAGCUCAGACUGUGGAAGUUCUUCAGGAAGUGUACGUGCCAGUCGUGGUAGCUGGGGCAGCUGGAGUAGCACAAGCAGUUCCGAUGGAGAUAAAAAGCCCAUGAUUACUACCCGGCAUUUUCUUCCAUCAAGGGAGAAUAUUUCACAAAAUGAUUUUCCAACUGAAACUCCCAUCACUUUAAAUCUGUCUCAUAACAUCUGCAAUACCAGCAGAGACAUAAAUACUGUCCCCCAGUAUCCAGAAACCGUAUGUCCCAACUUCGCUGACAUAACUGCAGAUCCUGACAAAAAUACAGGUCUUUAUCCUACAGGAGACUUGUGGCCUGCUCAACCAGUCUGUUUGACAAAUAGCUUAAACUAUAACCUUGAGAAUAAUGUACCGUGCAUGAUCCAGGAAACCCCUUCUGUUCAAAAUAGCUUCAUUGAUUGGAAUGCAACUUGCGAUAGCCAGUUUCCCAACAUGUAUUGCCCAUUAGAGAUGAAUGAAUACAGUGCUUUUCCAGAAGAAAAUAUGAAUUACCCCAAUGGCUUCCCAUGUACUGCAGAGGGGCAAAAUACCGCCUUCCUUGAUCACAAUUGUCAGUCUACCUGGAGCGCUCCACCCAACAUGACGCCUACCUGGGAACAAGCCAGUUACGUCAACUCUUCACCCUACCUCUCAAGUGCCAGAAGCUUGUCUCCAAUGUCUGGACUUUUUGGUUCCAUCUGGGCACCACAGAGUGAUGUCUAUGAAAGCUGCUGCCCAGUCAGUGCCACCGGUCAACACUCAGCUCAUGUUGAGAACCAGGCUGUUAUGUGUAAGCAGGAGUAUUAUCCAAGGUUUAACCCAUUCCGUGCCUAUAUGAACUUGGACAUAUGGACUACAACAGCCAACCGGAAUGCAAAUUUUCCACUUUCUAGGGACUCGGGUUACUGUGGAAACAUGUGACAGGAAUUUGAUUUGAAAAAUGUGAAUAAAGAUGCUUGCAAUUUUGAUUACUAGAUUAAGCUGGCUGUUGAACUAGAUUACAGUGUUGGUGGAUAUUUUGGCACUUUUAUAUGGACAAUAAAAAUUUUUUACAGAAA